GCGGGCGGAGGCGGCGGCGGCGACUGUGGGAUGAGCCCGGCCCUGGCAGGCGAUAUAAAACCGUGGCGCCUUUCCGCGCCGCGUUGCAACGUAGUCGGAUCUCCGAGGAUAAUCUUCGUUUCUUCUCUCGCGCUCUCUUUUGAGCACUGCGCUCUGCCCGGUCUAUGGUGCUACCCGGAGCCCCCGGCAUCGUCAUGUCGCGCUCGGAGGAGGUGCACCGGAUCACUGAGAAUGUAUACAAGACUAUCAUGGAACAGUUCAAUCCUAGCCUUCGAAACUUCAUUUCCAUGGGAAAGAACUAUGAAAAAGCCCUGGCAGGUGUGACAUAUGCAGCAAAGGGGUACUUUGAUGCUCUGGUUAAAAUGGGGGAAUUGGCAAGUGAAAGCCAAGGAUCUAAGGAAUUGGGUGAUGUUCUUUUCCAGAUGGCUGAAGUCCACAGGCAGAUUCAGAAUCAGUUAGAAGAGAUGCUGAAGUCCUUCCACAACGAAUUAUUAACGCAGCUGGAGCAGAAAGUAGAAUUGGACUCAAGGUACCUAAGUGCUGCGCUGAAGAAAUACCAGACUGAGCAAAGGAAUAAAGGGGAUUCACUAGAGAAGUGCCAGGGUGAACUAAAGAAACUUCGGAAGAAGAGCCAAGGGAGCAAGAACCCCCAGAAAUACUCCGACAAGGAGUUACAGUUUAUCGAAGCGAUCAGCAACAAGCAAGGUGAGCUGGAGAAUUACGUGUCCGAUGGCUACAAGACAUCGCUCACAGAAGAGAGGCGGCGAUUCUGUUUCCUGGUUGAAAAACAGUGUGCUGUGGCCAAAAAUGCCCUUGUGUACCAUUCCAAGGGAAGAGAAAUCUUGUCACAGAAGCUCCCACUAUGGCAGCAGGCUUGCUCUGAUCCCAACAAGAUCCCAGACCGUGCUAUUCAGCUCAUGCAACAGAUGGCCAUCAGCAGCAACGGGACCGUUAUGCCCAGUCCUCUCUCUACAUCGAAGUCAAACCUUGUCAUCUCUGAUCCUAUCCCAGGUGCCAAACCACUCCCAGUCCCACCAGAACUGGCACCUUUUGUAGGACGAAUGUCUGCUCAAGAGACCAUUCCAGUGAUGAAUGGUGUCUCAGGCUCAGAAGGUGAAGAUUACAACCACUGGUCUGAAAGGAAGCCUCCUCAGCCCAAAUCCUUAACCCCUCCUCAGCCACAGAAGAUGAGCGACACUUACUCCAAUACGCUCCCUGUGCGCAAAAGCGUCAUGCCGAAAAACAGCUAUGCAACCACUGAAAACAAGACUCUGCCACGUUCUAGCUCCAUGGCAGCCGGGUUGGAGAAGAAUGGCAGGAUGAGAGUGCGAGCCAUUUUCUCUCAUGCUGCUGGGGAUAACACCACCCUUCUGAGCUUCAAGGAGGGAGACCUCAUUACGUUGCUAGUGCCAGAGGCAAGGGAUGGGUGGCACUACGGAGAGAGUGAGAAGACAAAACUAAGAGGCUGGUUUCCUUUCUCCUAUACCCGUAUGCUGGACAGUGAGGGAAGUGACCGGCUGCACAUGAGCCAAGGGAAAAGCAGCAGCACAGGUAACCUGCUGGACAAAGACGACAUCCCUCCUCCUGAUUACAGCAUGUCCUCCCGAGCUUUCCAGACGCAGAAUGUCAGCACUUUCAAACAGAGGCCAUAUAGCGUUGCAGUUCCAGCCUUCUCCCAGGACUACCUUAUGCCCUAUGGCUGUGCACUUAAUGAAUAUUCCAGUGGCCUCUGCCAACUGUUACCUGCUUCCUACCAGCCUUACCCUAGGUCAACAGCCGGUGUGGAUGACUACGGAGCAAGACCCUCAAGCAGCGCUGAUGUUGAAGUGGCCAGGUUUUGAGAUGUAUCCCUGACUGUGUGUAGUUGAAUCCUUUUGCCAACGUUCACCUCAAACCAACUGUGACAAAUGACCGUUCAGCUCCCCACAUCAGCUGAUUCCAGGAACAUUGGGCGACGGCGGGUACCUCGCACCUUAAAACCUCCAUUUCACUUGUGUUGCAUUUCUGCAGUGUCCUUAUGCCAUUCACAUGUCUGUCUUCCUACAACUUUAUUUUUUUGUAGCUAAGCCGACGUGUGAAGCCCCAUGCUUGAAAAGCAGUUGUUGGUACAUAAAUUUAAAACAACACAUUUUUUGGUCUUUAAAACAGAAGGGAUAUUAUGAGCCUGGAGUGACAGAGAUCUCAACAAAUUGUGUGAUGCCUCUAUUCUGAAUGGAGAAACAGAUUGAACUAUGAACCAAGCGCUGCGUUCUCCAUCUUUCCCAUUAUAAACUAUAUUCUUCCAAAGACAGAGAAACCAACCUUUGCGCAGUAGCUUAUAUUCUACUUAGCAUUUCUCCUGGCCAUUCUGUAUCAGCACCAUUGAAAUGGAGUUGAAUAACCUUACACCUAGUGACCUGUCAAGAGAAAAAAAGUUUGUGCUGCCCAUUGCCAUGAGCUAGUAAAGUCUGGCAAGCUACUGUCUUGCAUGAAAUAUAUGCCUUCUGCAAUGCACAACUCUGCAGCUACAGCAGCAUCCUAUAUGGACUCUAUAGACCUGUUUUCUAGCUAAUUUGUUCACUACAUCAUGUGUCUCCUGCUCAACAACUUUAUCUGCACCAGUGUUGUAGAACUGGAAGUCAAAAACUAUCCUCAACUUACUUGCAUUUUUAAUGCUCACGGACAGAGUGCUUAAGCUGCAAAACCAUUUGGUUGUGGAAAGUGCAGUCAAGUUGCAGCUGACUUAUGGUGACUUCGUAGGGUUUUCAAGGCAAGAGACAUUCGGAGAUGGUUUGCCAUUGCCUGGCUCUGCGUAGAGACUCUUGGAGUUUCUUGGUGGCCUCUUUUCCAAAUACUAACCAGGGCUGACCCUGCUUAGCUGCCAAGAUCCAAAAAGAUUUGUCUAGUCUUGGCCAUCCUAGUCAGGGCGGAGAAGCGUUUGCACAGUGUGAUAUCAGUACAUGGUGGCGGCAGUCACCCUGUACCCUGCCACUGUGAAGUUGGAAGAGCUCUCGGCUACUGCCCACUGGCAUUUUCAAACAUAGCCCGCCCCUCAGAUGCCAUCAGCAGAAAAGUUGAUUGUUUAGACUUAGACUUAGAAGAUUGGUUCCGAUACAAAACCAUGGCCCUCAGUGGUACAGUAUAGCUAUCCCGUUUCCAAAUGCUGGUGUAUAAAAUGAGAUCUUUUCUGCUGCCAGCUAUGCUGGACUGUCUUCCAGUGGCAGUUCAGCUACCCAAUCUUUUUCUGACACCAGUAAGAAGGAAUUGUGCACCAAGCUGCACAUUUGCACAUUAUGUGUUAGUUCCAGUCUCUCUGUGUGUGUUUAAAUGCAAAGUGGCCACUAGUGGUCUUGACAUGAGUUCCAGCCUUACACAGUCAAACUCCCCUCCCCUCCAGCUGCUUUUCUCCCCAACUGGGAAAAGCUAUGGGGGUCUUCUCUCACAAGAAGAAAAGCAAGUUGCAAGUGAAGUGGUGGCUUUGAAUUGGCAGAUGUUUCCCAAGGACCCCUAGCACCCCUCAAUCCAAAGCCUGACCUCAACUCAAAGAUACAAGUGGCUGCUCCAUUUGUUUUUGAGGGGGAGGGGUGAGGUAUGGGAGUGUUCAGUGCACUCAAGGAACCAUAUUGAGUGUGUAGCUUGUUCUGCAGCUAAAGUAGCUACGUCACAGCUGACAAGAUUUGAUCUCUGGAUAUUUGUGACAACUGUGUUUGUUUAAUUCAGGCUAAUGUUUCAGACUGCUGUAGUGCACUCCUGGUCUUAGUGUUGGCAAACACACAAGAAAAAGGAAGUUACCACAGCUACACACUGAGAAGGAAUCUGACUUAUUAAACUGUGCUCCUGUUUCAAACUGCUGCCUUCUUAUUCUGAUGCCUAGCAUUAAGAAUACAACAAUGUUCAUUCCUCCUUGUAAAAUUCUGCAAAUUGUUGAUGUAGUGGCAGUCUGGCUUGUGGGGAUGAUGGGAACUCUGAUACUGAAUUGAUCAUGUAUUUUUCAGUGGGCCAUGAUAGGGAAAUAUAUCGUUGCUUUUAAAAAAAAACCUCUAGUUGCUUUUAAUGUCCUUCCACAAAAUGGCAAAAGCAGCCACCUACAUGUAUCAACCAUUUUAUAUUCUGAUACAAAGGAAAUAUAUUUUAAGCUGUAAAUUAAAAUAAGAAUGCUGAUCUUAAGUCUCCAGUCUUAGGUGCACUUAAAAUGAAAAUACCCUUGAACUCAAUGGGUCGUUCCUCCUCCUUGGAAUUGCCGUAUGGUUGAUCACAUUCAUUUGAGGAUAAUUUGGUGAACAAGAAGUCGCCAUUCAGCUGUAUGCUGACAUGAGUGGGUAAGGGGAGAGGAAGAACGAUUAGAACAAAUAGACUGGAAUUUAUUGUCGAAGGCUUUCACGGCCGGAUUCAAUGAGUUGUGGUGGGUUUUCCAGGCUAUGUAACCGUGGUCUGGUAGAUCUUGCUCCUACCAGACCACAAAACACUGCAGGUGAAACAUUAGGAACAAGAUCUACCAGAUCACAGCCACACAGCCUGGAAAACCCACCACAACCAAACUGGAAUUUCUUCAAGUUAUCCAGGAUUUAUUUUU